UACUUCUGCAUACUUCAGUAGAAAUACAGGUUCACUGCUUGACAACUGCUAAACACAGCAAACAAAAUCACACACAGCAACCAGAAAAUGAAAGGAAGCAAAAUUUGGAAACCUAAACAGCAAUAGAAGUGUAGAAUGCUGUAAGAAGAGAAUUUUUUCUAAUUCAGGAAAUUGGAAGAAAUCAGCAAUUACUCUUGCUGGGAUUCGAACUCCAGACCUUCCAAUUAUGCGUCGAGCGUGCUUCUAUUUUCACCAUGAAAAUCAUGUGUACUUUUAUGCUAAUCGGCAUACGCAGAAGUUGAAUGGAGAAAAACAAGUAUUUUGGAAGAAGGCACAAGAGUUCAAGAAAACUAUAUGAACAUUCAUCACCUGGUGCAAACAUAUGAAGAGAAAGAUUAAAGAAAUGGACAGCGACUAAACGUAAUGACAAUGAGUUAUUAACAACUGGGAAAAGAGCUUGUAAAAUGUCUGCAACUGUGACCUUUCUUGUCCUAAUUUCCACCUGCUUUACCACAAUAUGGAGUAAAUGUCCUCAAGUAUGCAUAUGUGAUACCGAUAAUGAAGAUAGGAAGAGAGUAUUAUGCAAUCGUGGUGGACUUACAGAAAUUCCAAUGCAGCAAAUGGAUUACGAUAUUCAAGUGUUAAUUAUAACUGCUCCUCCCAAUCAUUAUAAUGAGCUCACGAUAGGAAGGAUAUUUCUUGAUUUUUAUGAACUCGAAGAAGUUCGUAUUACAUAUUCAAAGUUGCCAGCAAUAGGAGAUAGCUCAUUUUAUCCAGGAAAGAAAUUAAAAAUUCUAGAUCUUAGUCAUAAUAAUAUUACAUUUAUACGCGACAAAGAUUUCUUUGGCCUUCGCAAUCUCAAAAUUUUGGAUCUGAGUUAUAAUGGGAUUGCCGCUUCGCCAUCUGCACCAUUCAGAUUUCUACCCAGUCUCACUACUCUGUCUUUGGCUAGAAAUCGACUUCGAACACUUGUGCCGAGGUUUUUCUACAUGUUAGUGAAACUUGAAAAGCUAGAUUUAAGUGGAAAUCCUUUGAAAGAUAUCGAUCCAGAAAAUCUUAAGGAUGUUCGGCCGCUUAGAAGAUUCCACUUAGCCAAAUGUCAACUAACCAGACUUCACUCUCUUAUUUACCAACAAUUGCCGAAUUUGGAAGAAUUAGAUUUAAGAGAUAAUACAUUCACAUAUUUUUCUCCCGAAGAAUUUAGACAUCUGAAAAGGCUCAAAUACUUGCAUUUAGAUGGUAAUAACUUGACUAUUAUCGUAGAAAAGACUUUCGAUGGUCACAACUUAAGACAUUUAGGGCUGUCAAGGAACAGUAUUUUCAAAUUUUCAAAAUGUGCUUUUUGCAAUUUGUCCAUACAGCAACUGGAUCUUUCUUACAAUCAGAUAUCCAGUUUACCUUUUGAUAUUCUGUCUCCAAUCGCCCAUUCAUUAGAAAGCCUAGACUUGAGCUUCAAUAUUAUUGACUCGGAAGAUUUGGAACUUGCCCUAAGUCCGGUAUAUAAGUUAAAAAAAUUAUCUUUAUCAGGAAUGAAACUCACUGAAUUAUCUGAUGAGGCUUUCUUCAACAAUGAAGAAUUAAAAACCUUAGAUUUAUCAUACAAUAGCUUCGUUAACUUUUCGAGUCGUACUUUCCAACCUUUGAAGCAAAUAGAAGAAAUAGAUCUCUCACAUAAUGAAUUCGAAUACCUCGAUCCUUGUUUCUUGGAACAAGUCCAAAAUAUGAGUACUCUCAAUGUUUUACACUUGCAUUCAAAUCCAUGGUCCUGCCAUAGAUGCUCCGUCCUGCCUUUACUGAAAUGGGUCCGUCAGUCCCCACUCUACAGCAGUACUUGCGACAUGAAUUAUGAAAGUAGUACCUGCAUGCGAUGCGCUACCCCACUGGCUUUGGAAGGUCGCGCGUUACAUUCUCUAAGACGCGUCGAUCUGGAGCCUUGUGCAAGUCUCAUGCCCCAGUCUAGAGUCCUUGUAGCUUCAUCGAAUGUAGCUAUCAUAGCCACAGUAAGUGUUGUUAUUCUUCUACUGAUGGGAAUUAUAAUCUUUGUAAUCCUCUAUCGCCAGCAAGGAGCAGUUUAUUACACACAUGAAGGGGAACGAACACCAACUUUAGGAAUCUUAGGAGUACCAGCUGAGUAUGCUAGCACCAAUGGUGGAACUUUCAUUGAUGACAAAAGAAGAGCAUAUUUCGUUACUCUGGAUAGAAUCGACGAACUUGCUGAAGAGAAAAUCGUUGCUUCAAGAACUAUCAAGUGUAGCUGAAAAAUGAAAAAGAAGAAAGUGAAAAGGGGGUUAUUUUACCAUCAUUCAAUGCUUUGGUCCCAUCUUUAUCACAUAAGCAGAGGACCAAAAAGCGUUUAUUACAAACAGAAGUAAAAUCAUUCAAAAGUUAUUACAGCUAUCAGUAACUUAGUGAAUUCAGCGAUAUCUUUGAACAGAAUUCCUCUUUUAAUUUCAAGCAAUCAAUAACAAGAAGCAAGAUGAAUCUAGUUCAUUAGCAUAUUUCUCUAUUUGAUAGUUCUGAAAAAUUAUUUUAUAUUUUACGUAUUUUUUCCUUAAAACCUUGAAGUAAGUAACCAUAACAAGGUGGAAUAUUCUUUACAAAACGGGAGAAAACAGUUGAAAGCUGUAACUUCGAUUCAUAUCACUUACAUUUGAUGUUAUAUCAUUGCAUGAUAAUGUAGCUAUUUUUAAUAAUAGUAUGUGCUCUAUAAAUAUUGUCAUUUUUA